UGGAUUACGUGAAGAACGUUGUCGUUAAAACCUACCCGCAAAUACCCGGAGGCGACCCGAGGUCGUAACCCAGCACGGGUUCAGCCGUAUUGCUACCAUUGAAGAACUUGAUGGCUCCAUCUGUUGAGGCUGAAGUUUUGGUCUGCGGUGGAGCUCCAAAAGGGUCAUUUGUCCAGGCAAAUAAGGGUACUUUUGUGGAAGCUCUAAACACAUGUGCUCGGAUCAAAAUAACAGACCCUAAUCCACAGUGGAUUGUUGAAACUAUGCCUCAAGCUAGAGUCAUGGGUGACAUGUUAUUGCUCCCAGACAGCACUGUUUUACUCAUCAACGGUGCAUCGUCGGGGGUUGCAGGUUGGGAAAUCGGGCGUAAUCCUGUUCUCAACCCAGUUUUGUACCGACCAGAUAAUGCAGUUGGGUCAAGGUUCGAACAACAAAACCCUACCACCAUACCGCGAAUGUACCAUUCCUCAGCAUUAUUGGUACGCGAUGGUAGAGUGAUCGUUGGAGGUAGUAACCCCCACGAUAAGUACCAAUUUGGCAGCAACGUGCUUUUUCCAACAGAAUUUAGAUUGGAGGCAUUUAGUCCUGAGUAUCUCGACGCUAAAUAUGCGGAUUUGCGUCCUACUAUCAUCACACCCCUAAACCUAGCCAAAAUCCAUUACGGAAGAAAAUUGACCGUUCAAUUCUCGCUUACGGGCACACUCGCUAUGAAUUCAGUGUUGGUGACGAUGGUGGCGCCGCCAUUUAGCACACAUUCGUUCUCCAUGAAUCAAAGGUUGCUGGUUCUUGGUGCAGAGAACGUACAAAAGGUAGGGCCAACAACGUAUCAAGCUCAAGUGACGACACCGACUUCAGUAAAUCUUGCGCCUUCCGGAUAUUACAUUUUGUAUGUGGUUCAUCAGCAAAUUCCAAGCGAGGGCAUCUUUGUUCAUAUUUACUGAGAACCUUGAAGGUACAUUUCAUUUCCCAAAUGAAGAAACAUGAUUGGUUAUCAGUUGAAAAAGAAAAUGUUCAUAUGCUCAGAG